UCGUGCGUUUCCUAGAAAAACGUUCAAAACGUUCCAAAAUGAAAUUAUUGCUGGUUUGAAUUGGAAAACAUUCGUCAAAACUGUAGUUAUUUGAUCGAAAAUCGAAGAUACAGUUCACGAAACUUGCCUAAAAUAGGAAGUAAAAUAGGUACUUCAAAACUAGGUUUAUAUUUGGGUGUUAUCUGAACAACGAUACACGGAAGACUGACUGAUCUGAUGUUCGAAUUUUGAGAGUGGCACGAAUUAGUUCAAAGGAAUAUUUCGCUUCUUCUUUCAAAACAACCAAUUAGUAUAUGAACCGAAUCUCAGAUCAUACAUAAAAUUCGGACAACACAGACAGCUGCUCCUCUACUUAUAUUAUUCUCAAGGCAGGUAUAGCUGCUGGAACGCUUACCUACGUUAAACACCUGUGGUAUGCCGAAGGCGAGUUUUACUAUAGGUAGAGGCGAUACUUUCUUGUGCAAAGUGUUGUUUUGAAUUUCGGGAAUGGGAUUAAGAGAUCGCAAGUUAUAAUGAUUUUCCCACGCGCUACCUGUCUUACGUUCCAAUUGCAACUGCUAACAGAUCUCCAUUGCCAACAGUCAGAAGCGAGGAAGAGUUUGCUUAACCUGAAUUUUCGAAAAGAGCUGAAGGAUGUUAUUCUGGAAGCCCGCAGCGAUGAGUUUUUAUUUGGUAAAAAUUUAUCUGAUAGGAUAAAGGAGGCCAAGGCUAUGGAGCGCUCGGGUUUGGAUUUAAAACAGAAGAAGACCUCAACCUUACAAAGGAAACCCUUUUCACAGAACCAGGGAAACUACAAGAGUCCGCCCAAGCGACGGCCACCUCCUCGACUGGGCGGACAGACGAGCAUUUUAACAACAGUACCGAAAAGGAUCAACACAAUACAGGCAUUCGACGACUCAAAACAAGGGUCUCUACAGAUCAACACGACAGAAAUAAAGAAGGUGGAUAAAAAUCGCCGAGGACUUCGACCAACACAACUUGAAACAAAAGCUGGGCGGAACCUCUUAAUGAGAUUACAAUUAAUACUUUAAUUAGGGAGGUACCACAACAAACACGAUGACGUCACAGUUACAUGGUCCAGUGGGGGAUCGUAUAGGUCAUUGUCAUUCAGCUACGACCAAUGUCAACUUAAUAAAAGUAGGUGAAGUAUAAUGCCAUAGUGUAAGGACACAUUUAUGCAAUUAAGUAGUAGGUAACAGAGAAUAAAAUAAUUUUUUAUUAAAGCGGAACACAGAUACCUAAGUUAAUCUGUGUAGGUAUAGUAAUCAUUAGCCAAUGAGUAAUAAGUAGGUACUUACAAUUAUACAACUGGGAC